UUACGGAUAAAAUCAGGAACUUCAAACGCAGACUUUUGAAAUACCGGGGAUUACAAAAUCACAGGUUUGGCGACGGAGUCAGCAUUUGCUUUCAAAAACAUCUCUUUGAAACCUUUUAUUGUUCAUUGUUCGAUGCAGCAAAUUUGCUGCGCACUUAAAGCGCCCCCGCCCGCCCCCUGUAGCGCGCUCGCCAAGACGGAAUAAUUAGAGUCUCCGUGCGAGACGGUCACGCCGUUUUCUGCUCUGUCCCGCGUUGUCUCCGUCUCUCUCUCUCUUUAACUGCGCCUGUGUUGAAGAGAUACGUCUCCUCUGCACGCAGUAACCAGCAAAACUGGAUACAAGUUAGAAAAGUUCCUGUACUGAAGUGAAAGAUUUUUUUUUCUUGUUGUUAUUGGAAAAGUGCUAAUUUUUCUUUCAAUGGGACCCUCGCUGGUGAUUAUUCUUUCUUUAUUCGGCGUUCUCAAUGGGCAACCGAUAGAGACCACAUCCGUGGAGGAGUGCUGUAAGGAUGGAAGGGAACGGGGCCUGCUGAGACAGGACUGUGCAGCCCUCCCGCUCAUCUCAGAGUCCACCACCUGCAGGAUAGCCCAGGAGCAGUGCUGUGUGGCGGUGCUGGAGGAUACCACCUGCACCAACGGCAUCAACAUGGCGAAGGACCAGGGCGCCUGUGAAACGCUCUUCUUCGAGAGCCCCUGCGAGACCAAAACUGCCAAGAUGUGCUGUGACUGUUGCCUGCUGGGUAGGGCCGCGCAGGAGCAGGGCCUGGGCUGUGACCUUAGCAUCUCCGUCGGGUACCAGUGUGGGCUGGUGUCCCGGGCCUGCUGUGUGGAUGGAGCCCCCGAGGGAGAGCAAACGUCCUCCUCAGCUGCCACCAAUCAGACCAAUGAAGCAGAGGAUCCUCUCCUUUCUGACCAGUGCAAAGGAGCCGGGAAGUGUGAACAGAGAUGCCAGGGCAACGGUACCUGCAGCUGCUUCCAGGGGUACAAGCUGAAGCCGGACGGCCGCAGCUGCGAGGACAUUAACGAGUGCGUCCUGGGGUCCCAUCACUGCCGGCCGGGGGAGCGCUGCAUCAACACUGAGGGUUCAUACCGCUGCCAGCGCGAGGUCAGCUGCGGCACCGGGUACGAGCUCACCGACAGCAACAACUGCAAAGAUAUUGACGAGUGCCAGGUCGGGACCCAUAACUGCGCCCCUGAGUUCGAAUGCCAGAACACGGUGGGGUCCUUCCGCUGCCGGCCGCGGGUGCAGUGCGGGGCGGGCUUCAUUCAGGACGCCCUGGGCAGCUGCAUCGAUAUCAACGAGUGUCUGAGCCAGACAGGACCCUGCCAGCCGGGGCAGAUCUGCCUCAACACUGUGGGCUCCUACACCUGCCAGAGGAACUCCAUCAACUGCGGGCGAGGCUACCACCUGAACGAGGAGGGCACCCGCUGCGUGGACGUGAACGAGUGCGCAGCGCCUAAUGGACCCUGUGAGGGACACACCUGCAUCAACCUGGUGGGGUCCUUCCGCUGUGAGUGCCGGGCGGGGUACAUCUUCAACAGCAUCAGCCGUGUGUGUGAAGACAUCAACGAGUGCAGGCAUUACCCUGGACGCCUCUGCGCCCACAAGUGUGACAAUGUUCUGGGGUCCUACCAGUGCAGCUGCAUGACGGGCUUCAAGCUGGCCAGUGACGGCAGGAACUGUGAAGAUCUGAACGAGUGCGAAAGCAACCCCUGCAGCCAGGAAUGUGCCAACGUGUACGGCUCCUACCAGUGCUUCUGUCGCCGUGGAUACCAGCUCAGCGAUAUUGACGGGAUCACCUGUGAAGACAUCGACGAGUGCGCUCUGCCCACCGGGGGUCACAUCUGCUCCUACCGCUGCCACAACUCCCCCGGCAGCUUCCACUGCACCUGUCCCUCCCCGGGGUACACUCUGGCCCCCAACGGGCGCAGCUGCCAAGAUAUUGACGAGUGUGUGGCAGGAACACAUGGCUGUUUGGAGUCGGAGACCUGCUUCAACGUUCAGGGAGGGUUCCGCUGCCUGUCCUUCGAGUGCCCGCCAAACUACCGCCAUGCCGGGGAAACGAGGCCCCAGGACAACCGGUCAGACAUCGUCCGCUGCGUCAAGACCUGCCAGCCCAACGAUAUCGACUGCAUUCUGGAUCGAGUACACUCCAUCUCUCACACGGUCAUCUCCCUGCCAACCUUCAGGGAAGAGCCCUUACUGGAAGAGAUCGUAUUCCUGAGAACUGUGUCACCAGCUCAGACGGGAAUCUCGGACAUCGUCUUUGAAGUUCUGGAGGGCAACUUUCAGGACUCCUUUGAUGUCAUCAAGCGCUAUGAGAAUGGCCUGAUCGUGGGGGUCGUCCGGCAGGUGAAGCCCAUCACCGGCCCCAGGCACAUCGUGCUGAAGCUGGCCAUGAACUACGUGGUGUCCGGGGUCGUCUCCCACCGCAACAUCGUCAACGUCCACAUCUUCGUCUCGGAGUUCUGGUUCUGAAAGAACAGGGUCCGCCGUCUGCCCCUUCUCAUGUUUACAACAUCUCACAGCCCCACCAUCUCUCUCAGCCUUGGCACAAAUGAGAAAAAAAUACAGGCGUCAGAUUCAGUAUGUAACAAUGAAGACUGUUUCUCAGACAACAGAGACACAAGGCAUUGCCUGCACAGUGUGAUAGAUCACCUUCAAAUUUAGGGUUCCCUCUGUCUCCAUAGGGAUACCCUUGUCUGUCGGGGUGUACAUAGACCACUCUCGCUGCGUCGUUUGGGCCAUAGCUCCAUGAUUGCAUGUCAUGCUAAACCCUCUCAGAUUAACAACAUAAGCCUAUAGAGCUAGCUCAACGUAUGGCUCGAAGAAGCAAACCGAGGAGAAGUCUUUGACAUAGGAAUACUCCCAUGCCUUGGUUUUUAGGAUAUGGUAAUGUGAUGUGAAUUGCAGAAAGAAAUGGAAACAUAAAGAUCAGCAGAUGAAUCGAGCGUUGAAUGUAUGUAACACUAUCCCUCGACUGUAAUGUACCCUCUCUGUGUGUAACAUUCCAUUUCGUAUGUACCGCAGUUUAUGCCUAAUGAUGUUAUUAAAUAAUGAUUUGUCAUUACAUUUUUAACAGUGUGGUAUUUUAUA